AUGGCGGAGGCCGAGGCGGCCUGCAGCAUCCCGGACCCUGCGGGGGCGGUUUACCGGUCCCGGGACCCAGUGCGAAACCUGCGCCUCCGAAUUCACAUCCAGAGGAUCACCUCCAACAGCCUCCUCCACCACCCAACAGCCAGUCAGUUGGGAAAGGACCUCAUAGGCUUGGCCACCUUCAGCUCGGACCCGGCAGCAAGUGGACAGCAGCAAGAUGAAUAUGAUGAAGAGGAGGCAGUGAUUGGGUGGCAGGAAAAGCUCUUUAGCCAGUUUGAGGUGGAUCUGUACCAACAUGAGACAGCCUGUCAAACCCCCCUUGAUCACCAGUACCACCAGGAGAUCUUGAAGCUGGAGAAAGCAGGGGGCAGGAAGAACCGUCGCAUCUUCACGUACACCGACUCCGAUCGCUAUACCAACUUGGAGGAGCGUUGCCAGAAAGUGACCAGCUCAGCCCAGGAAGUGCCGUCUUUCCUGGUCGAACGGAUGGCAAAUGUCAGGCGACGGCGGCAAGACCGAAGAGGAGUGGAAGGGAGUGUGCUGAAAUCCCGAAUCAUUACUUGGGAACCGUCAGAAGAAUUUAUCAGGAAUAACCACAUCAUCAACACCCCACUGCAGACCAUGUACAUCAUGGCUGACCUGGGUCCUUAUGGGAAGCUUGGCCACCGGAAGUACGAACACGUCCUUUGCACCCUGAAAGUGGACAGCAAUGGAGUGAUCACCGUGAAGCCUGAUUUCACGGGCUCCAAAGGGGCCUACAGAAUCGAGGUAGAGGGGGAGAAACUGGAGCUGUGGAAGUACACGAUUGAAAACGUGUCCACUCCCGCUCAGCUGGAAGAAGAGGAACGGGAGCAGCGGGUGUUCGAGGACCUCUACGGUCGGCACAGAGAGUAUCUUAGCAGCCUUGUAGGCUCAGACUUCGAGAUGACUCCUCCGGGCGCCCUGCGGCUCUUUGUGAAUGGGGAAGUGGUUUCAGCCCAGGGAUAUGAAUACGACAACCUCUACGUCCACUUCUUCCUGGAUCUGCCUUCCAACUGGUCAAGUCCAGAAUUCCAGCAGCUUUCAGGAAUCACACAGACCUGUGGCACCAAGACCCUGGGAAGGGACAACGUGGCAUAUUUCUCCUACCCAUUCACCUUCGAAGCAUCCUUUCUCCAUGAGGACGAGUCUGCCGAUUCUCUGCCGCAGUGGCCCGUGCUCUUCUUUGAGGUUCUCUCUUUGGACUUCUGGCAGAGGUAUCGGGUGGAAGGCUAUGGGGCCGUGGUGCUUCCCUCCACUCCAGGAUUCCACACCCUAACAGCCCCAACGUGGAGGCCUGUGGAGCUGGGGGUGACUGCUGAGCUGAGGAGGUUUUUCAUCGGUGGCUCCUUAGAACUGGAGGACCUCACAUAUGUGCGGGUGCCCGGGACCUUCAAGGGCGACCGUCUGAGCCGCUUUGGCUUCCGAACAGAGACGACUGGCAGCGUCACCUUCCGGCUUCACUGUCUCCAGCAAUCGAGGGCCUUCAUGGAAUCCAGUUCGUUGCGGAAGAGGAUGCAGAGCGUCCUGGACCGCCUGGGUGGCUUCAGCCAGCAGAGCUCAAUACACAACGUUCUGGAAGCUUUCCAGAGAGCCCGGCGCCGCAUGCAGGAGGCCCGGGCAAGCCUCCCCCAGGAUCUCAUCAGUCCUUCUGCCACCAUGGUCUCCUAGCAAGCUGCACCCUGCCCUGGUAUCCUGGGGGUGCGUGUUUGUGUCAUUUCGGUGCCUGCCCUAGGGCUUCUAGCCUGUGCCCCAACCAGUUCUCUGUACUCUAACCUUCCUCUCUUUUUCCCUUUCUCCCUCUGUCUCUCCCUUUCUUUUUCUCUCUCCUGACUUCUCUCUU